AUGACUGAAGAAACAAACGGUGUUAUUGUUGGCGAAGCGGCCAGAUUUCAUAAGCCUGGUGAAAAUUAUAAAACUGAUGGCUAUGUUGUAACCAAUCACACCCAUACCCUUUUGAAGGAACAUCUAGCCACCACGGGUGGAAAAGUCGUGACCCGUUUCCCUCCCGAACCAAACGGAAUCCUUCACAUUGGCCAUGCCAAGGCCAUCAAUUUCAACUUUGGUUACGCGAAAAAAACCGGUGGUAUCUGCUAUUUGAGAUAUGAUGAUACUAAUCCCGAGGCUGAGGAAGCAAGAUUCUUUGAUGCAAUUCUCGAUAUGGUUCGAUGGUUGGGAUUCGAACCUUAUAAGGUCACCUAUGCUUCAGACAACUUCCAGCAGCUCUAUGAGUGGGCUUUGAAGUUAAUCGAUCUUAAUUUGUGUUACGUUUGCCAUCAGGGCCCAGAGGAAAUAAAGGGUUUCAAUCCACCACCUUCGCCGUGGCGUGAUAGACCCAUCGAGGAAUCGAGAAACCUCUUUAUCGACAUGAAAAAUGGCAAAUUGGAAGAGGGUUCUGCCACCCUUCGAAUGAAGUUGACUCUUGAGGAUGGCAAGCAGGACCCUGUGGCUUACCGGAUCAAAAUGGUUCCACAUCACCGAACCGGAGAGACGUGGUGCAUCUACCCCACUUACGACUACACUCAUUGCCUUUGCGAUUCUAUCGAAAAUAUUACACAUUCACUCUGCACAAAGGAAUUUCAGUCUAGGUGA